CUGACGUCACUGGCGUGUCGUACAUGUGGGUUUGACAUUCGGUAGACUAUGCUGAUCACUGAUCACGGCCCCCGCUCAAAGGAGAUUCCCAAUAGUUAAGAGCAAUACAGAGGGGUUUUCCUCGGAAGCAAUAUCAUACCACGCAAUUAGGAGCCGAGAUUCCUGCAAAACAAUCCCACAUCAGCUCGUAAUCCAUCUAGAAUCGUCGUGUAUAGCAGCAGCAGGAGCCAUGUCUGUAGCUGGGUUUAAGAAACAGUUCCACAAAGCUACUCAGAGGGUGAGUGAGAAGGUUGGGGGAGCAGAGGGGACUAAACAUGAUGAUGACUUCACUGAAAUGGAGAAGAAGGUGGACACCACCAGUAGGGCGGUGAUGGACAUUAUGACCAAGACCACUGAGUAUCUGCAGCCCAACCCAGCCUCCAGAGCCAAGAUGACCAUGAUCAACUCCAUGUCUAAGAUGCGUGGCCAGGAGAAGGGUCUGGGCUACAUCCAGACCGAGACCGUCCUGGGAGAGUCCAUGCAGAAGUUUGGCAGGGAGCUCGGGGAAGAGUCCAACUUUGGCCUGGCUCUGAUCGAUGCUGGGGAGUCCAUGCGUGAGCUGGGGGAGGUGAAGGACGCUCUCGACAUGGAGGUCAAGCAGAACUUCCUGGACCCGCUGCAGACCCUCCACGACAAAGACCUCAAGGAGAUUGCGCAUCACCUGAAGAAACUGGAAGGCCGCCGUCUGGACUUCGACUACAAGAAGAAGCGUCAGGGCAAGGUGACGGACGACGAGAUCAAACAGGCUCUGGAGAAGUUUGACGAUACCAAGGAGAUUGCUGAGCUCAGCAUGUUCAACCUGUUGGAGAGUGAUGUAAGGAAUAUGUUUCUACCGUUACACACACACUGUGUGGGAAGUAGGUAGGUGUGUGUGUGUGUGCGCGCGCGAUGACCCACC